AUGGCUUUAUAUUAUAGUGGUUCGUCAACGGAAUUGAAACACUUCAGAUUAUUGAUACUGAAAACUGCAAAAUUAGAUCAAUCUGAUAAUGAAGAAGAGUAUGAAGAGGAAGAUACCGAGAAUCCACCUUCUUCUAUUUCAUUAUUCGAGGUUCUCAAAAAAAUUGAACCGGAAUAUCCUCUAUUGACCCUAAAUUGUCGAUUUGAUUCUCUAUUAACUGAACAGAUGGACUUUAAGUUUACGAUAGUUAAAAGGGUUUGUAAACGACAUUCACAGGAGUUGCGAGAUUAUGUAAUUUUCCAAACUUUACCAGCUAUUAUUGUCAAUCUAUGA